AUGUAAAUUAAAUAAAAUGUAAUUCAAAGUUUGAUUAUGUAAAAUAAUGCAAUAGAAUACUUGAUAUAAUAUGAAUCUUUGCAGUUGAUAGGUAUAUUUUGAAUAUAAUAAAGGUGAUUAAUCAUAUGGAUUAUUAAAUGAUUAAUAAUAUAAUUAGAAGAAAACCUAAAUAAGUUUAUUGAAAGAUUAAUAAUAUAUUGAUGCAGAAUAAUUAAAAAAGUUAGAAGAACACAAUGAAGAUUAAUUGAAUUAGUAGAGAAAAUGGAUUAUUUUAUUGGUAUUUUAAAUAAUCAGGCCUGAAGAACCUAAAAAGAUAAUAUGGGAUUUGAUAGGAAUGUCAUUUAUAUUUAUUCAAAUGAUAACAAUUCCACUAAUAUUGACUUUUAGUCUAGAAAUAUCAGGUGGUUUUGCUAUUUUUAAUGAUAUAAUGGACUACUACUUCUUAAUUGAUAUAUUUUUGUAAUUUUAAACUGGUUAUUAUAAAAAGUACUUAUGAGGAAAUAUAUUUGUUAGGGGUAACUUUGUUAGUUAAAGAAAGUAGAUCGCAUUAAAUUAUUUGAAAUUAUGGUUUUGGUUAGACUUAAUAUCAUCGUUUCCAUAUGAUGAUGUCAUUUCUUCAUUUAUUGAUGAAUAAAAUUCAUAAUCAUUUAAGAGGAAUACAUAGAUUAUAAAAAUAAUGAGAAUUGUAAGAUUCAUAAAAGUAAUAAGAUUAAUGAGAGCUUUAAAAUUAAAGAAAAUAAUAAAUUAAAUAGAAGAUUCAUUAUUUUUAGAUAAAACAAUUAUUUCAAUUAUAUCUUUUUUUAAGAUAUGUUUAAUAAUUUUAAGUUUAUCACAUUGGUUAGCUUGCAUUUGGAAUGGUAUUAGAUUUAUAGAAGAAACAGAUAAUAAUUGGUACACUCAAUAUGUUAUCAAUUUUGAUUAAGAAUUAGAUAAUGAUCCAGAUAAUUGGUUUAAUUAAUAUGUGGCAGGAAUAUAUUUUAGGUAUAUUUGAUUUUAUAGAAGAAAUAAAGCAUAACAACUAUGAUUACUAUAGGAUAUGGAGAUAUUUCACCUAAAAAUACAAUAGAAAGAUCAUUUGGAAUUUUUGUUAUGAUUUUAGCUUCUGGUGUAUUUGGUUAUGUAAUGAAUUCUAUUGUAUUAUUGUUUUAAAAUAUGAAUGAAUCAUUGGAAGAUUUAUUAAAUAAGAAUAUUGCUGCAAUCAAGUAAAUUAAAUUAAAUGAAGUAGAUAUAUGAAAUAAAAAGAAGUUAAUAAAAAACUAUAAUCAAGAAUCAAAAAUUAUUUAGAAUGGUUAAUUGAAGAUGAACAAUUAUAAAAGAGUUAUGCUCAUAAUACUCUUGAAAAAUUAUCAUUGCCAUUAAAAAAUUAAUUAACUUAAAUUGUACAUGGAAAAAUGAUGAAUUAAAUUAAAUUUUUAAGAAAGAAUUUUUCAUAAAUUUUAUUAAAAAAAUUAGCAUUUACAUUUUAAGAAGAAAGUAUAAAUAUUAUAAAUAAUAAAUUUAGUUUACAAUCCUGAAGAUUGGAUAAUAAAUUUAAAUGAUUAAAUUAAUGAUGAAACAUCUAUAUAUUUUAUAUUAAAUGGAAGAGUAUCUGUAUGCAUUCCUAAAUCAAAAGGAAUUAUUGAAUUAAUGGAAUUAAGUAAAAAAUAGUAUUUUGGUGAAAUAUCAUUUUUUGGUAAUGUUCCUAGAUGUGCAUCUGUAAAAGCUAGAAAUUUUAUUAAUUUAUUUAGAUUAUCAAGAAAAUCAUUUUUAGAAUAAUGUGAAAUUGAAGAUAUUGAAUAAUUUUUUUAAUUGAAAUUUAAAAUUGAAUUUGAGUAGGAUUAUGAAGAUUUAAAUUUAUUUUGUUAUGUUUGUUAAGCUCCAAAUCAUACUUCAAAGAAUUGUCCUAAUGUACAUUAUGUUAUAAAUAAAUAUGAUAGAAUCAAUAUCAUUGAAAAAUAUAAUGAAGAAAUUAAAUUAUUAAUAAAUGAAAAAAGAAGAUUGCGAAAGAAAUGUCAUUCUUUAAAAUAUUUAAAUAAUAAAAGAAAUUAAUAGGUAAUCUAAUAAAUUACUGAAGAGAAAUAUCAUAUUGAAAAAUAUGUUAAUUUUCAUUACUCUAAUCCAAGAGUUUUAAGGAUUAAAGAUUCCUUUAGAACUGAUUCAAUUAAAGAAUAUACUAAUUUUACACCUUCAUCUAAUUUAAAUUCAAUAGCUAGAUUAUAAAAUUAUAAUGCAGAAUUAUAUGCUGAAAAUGUGAGAUAAUAAAAAGAGUAAUAAAAGAAAAACAAAUUGAAAAGUAAAUUUGUUUAAUUUUUACAAAAUAAAAAAGAAUAAAGAUAAUCAGUAGGAAAUAAAUCUAAUAAUUUUUCAAAAUUAGUAAUGAAUUUAACUAAAUUAAAAAAAGAAUAAGAUUAGUAAUAAUAAAAUUUAGAAUAAGAAAACAAUUAAGUAUCUUAAUCUAGAUUAUCAUCCCCUUCCACAUUUAAACCUAAAUUAUUAAGGGCUCCAACAAUGGCAGUAAGAAAAUUUAAUCCAGACAAAAAAAAUACAAGAUUAUAAAGAUUACCUAGAAAAACUUAUUUAGGAUUAAUUUGUGGAUUAGACAAAUGCAAUUAAUAAUUUAUAGAUUUUGUAAUGGAAGAUAAUAUUGAAUGUUAAGCUUAACCUUUAAAAUAAUUGAUUGUUACUAAAUUAUAGAAAAAAAAUAUAAUCUUAUAGAAAACCAAUGAAUCCACUAGAGAUGAAUCUGUAUCAUUUCCAGAUGUUUAAUUUAAUUAAUUAAUAAAAAGAAGUUCAUCUUCUGAUGAAUUAAAUGUAAAAUCCUCUGCUGAUUUAGAAAAAUAUUCUAAAUAAUUUCUCGAAGAUAUGAUAUAUAUGGUAACUAAUUACAAAUUGUAAAAUUGUAAAUGA